UAAGGCAGCCCCCUGUAUGACCGUCACGCCAGAGGGCACGGGGACACUUGUUUCACCGCAAUACUGGUUUGCAGAAUCUGUGAAGUAUCGGCUCAGCGGGAGAGUCAGGAUGGCAGGCCGUCGUGCAGCCCUGAAGGCCAUCGAUUGGGUGGCAUUUGCAGAGCGGGUACCACCCAACCAGAGAGGCAUGUUCAACGCCCUCAAGACCCGCAGCGAUGCCAUCUCUGCCAAGCUGGCCUCUCUGCCAGAGACCCCUGCAGCCAUGGAGUGGGAUCACUACAGGAGUGCAGUCGCCAAACCUGGGAUGGUAGAAGAGUUUGAGAAGAAGUUCAAGGCCCUGCAGAUCCCCGUGCCUGCUGACACACAGACGAGUGCCAUCGAUGCACAGGAGGCAGAGGCAAACAAAUCUGCGUUGGCCUUCAUUGCAGAAUCCAAAGUCCGCAUUGCUCAGUGUGAGAAAGAGCUGGAUAAAUUUAAGAACAUGAUCCCCUUUGAUCAGAUGACUAUCGAGGACCUCAACGAGACCUUUCCGGAGACCAAGCUGGACAAGGUCAAGUACCCUUACUGGCCACACAAACCCAUUGCCGAUCUGUAAUCUCAUCUUUAGACUUUUGCCUCACAAUAAAGAUAUAUGUAUUAUAAACUUUA